UGCCAAUGGAGAGUGACCGUGUGUCUUGUUCAUAAUAAACAAUAUUUUCCAUUAACAACGAAAGUGAAAAGAUAUAUUUUCUGUGUUGUGUGUUAAAUAUGUGAUUUCUCUUUCAUUUGGAUUUAAUUUUUCUGACAGCAUGAGUACCCUUGAAGACCUGGCGGUGCAGCUGUUCGAUGCUGGGGCCGUACGGCUGGGGGACAUCGAGGCGAAGGUCGGGAGGCGGACACCCGUCUACUUCGACCUUCGGGUCAUCGUCUCACAUCCAAGGAUUAUGUUGGCGGUUGCAGAACACCUACAAAGAUUGUCUUCAGAAAUAACCCACGAGUUGCUGUGUGGCGUCCCCUACGCCGCCCUACCGCUCGCAGCCGUCAUGUCAGUCAACACCGACACUCCAAUGAUUAUGAAAAGGAAAGAAACAAAACUUUACGCCACAAAAAAGAUUAUAGAAGGCGUCUACAAAAAGCACCAAGAAUGCUUAGUCGUCGAAGACGUAGUGACCUCUGGUGGCAGCUUGCUAGAAACAGUUAAUAUAUUGCGCGAAGAGGGUUUGAAAGUGUCGCAUGCUGUUGUAGUUCUAGAUAGAGAACAAGGUGGCGCUAGUGUGUUAAAAGCAAAUGGCGUCCAUGCGACACCACUUUUUACGUUGUCCAAUUUAGCAAAAAUUUUAAGAGACGCCGGCAGAAUUAAUGAUGAAACUGUAGAUAUAAUUGCUGAACAUAUAAAAGUAUGUCAAUUCGGUAUGAAAGAUAACUUGGAAUAAUAUCUCGUGUUUGUAGGGUUGGUACCUAUAAGAUGUAUAAUGUAAGGUUUAAGCUGGUAGGUAACCUACCUUGCUACGUAGGUACUUACCUACUUGAUUUAUUUAUUGAUGUAAAUAAGAUUUAAAUGGAUGGU